AGGGCAUACGCUUCCAGCUAUUUUCACAUGGUAUAAGAGCCAAUCUCUUCCUUCACAUCUAUGUCCAUCGCCAGCUCUUCUUCCUCCGCUGCCAUGGCUGCUCCCUCCCUCGCUGCUCUCGGCCACACCAUCACCGAGAAGCUCACACGCGACAAUUUUUUGGUGUGGAAGGCCCAGGUCCUCCCACACAUCCGCAUCGCUGGUCUGAUGGGCCACCUCGAUGGCACAACGGCAGAGCCCGUUGCCGUUCUGAUAGCGGAGACGGAGGUCUCCGGGAAGAAGGAGGUCACUUCGACCCCCAACCCUGCCCAUGGCGUUUGGGUCAUGCAGGACCAGCAGGUCCUUGCGUUUUUGCUUGCCUCCUUCUCACGGGAGGUACUUCUUCAGGUCCACGACAUCCCGACGGCCACUGGAGUCUGGACACCGAUCCUCGCCAUGUUCGCAUCGCAGUCCCGUGCGCGGGGUAUCCAGCUCCGCACGCAGCUCGUCAACACCAAAAAGGGCGGUCUGUCUGCCACCGCCUACUUCGCCAAGAUGAAGGGCCUCGCCGAUGAGAUGGCGGCGGCUGGGAAGCGCCUUGACGAAGACGACCUUGUCUCUCAUAUCCUCGGUGGGCUGGACUCGGAUUACAGUCCGUACGUCGCGGCCCUCUCUGCUCGCACGGACCAGACUAUCGGUCUCAGCGAGCUGUACGCUCCUACUCUCGGCGGAGGCGCGGCUGGACUCCCAGAACAGCACCCACUCCGGCUACUCCGUCAACCUCGCCUCCAAGGGGGGAAUCGUCCCCAGCCUGGUCGCUCCUCUGCUGGUAACAGCGGCGGAGGUGGAUCACGCCCAGAAGGCGGGAGUGGAGGCCCUCUCAAGUGCCAGAUCUGCAAGAAAGAUGGCCAUGGCGCAUGGAGCUGCGCCAAGCGCUUCGACAAGAGCUUCAACAACAACCAGAAGCGCUAUGGUGGAGGUGAUCGCCAUGGUGGAGGUGGCCGCCAAGGUGCAGGUGCUCGUUCUGUCAACACAGCUGCUACAACCUCCUAUGGCGUAGAUACCAAUUGAUAUCUUGACACCGGAGCCACUAAUCACGUGACCGGAGAGUUGGAGAAACUCCACAUACGUGAUCGCUACACCGGGCCGGAACAAAUCCACACCGCGAGUGGUCAAGGAUCAGGCCACGGGGAGAACCAUUCUUCACGCUCCGAGUAAGGAGGGGUUGUACCCCUUCACUGACCAACCGGCUUCCCAUGGACGUCACAUGCUUGGAGUUGUCAAGCCAUCUACCUCUAGGUGGCACCGACGUCUUGGUCAUCCGUCCAUACCGGUGGUCCAGCAAAUUCUUCGUAAUCAUAGUCUUCCAGUGUCAAAUAAAAGUGAUCACCAUCUUGUGUGUGAUGCGUGUCAAAUGGCGAAGAGCCAUCAGUUACCAUACCCUCGUUCGACUAGUGAGUCUCAAGCUCCUUUAAAGCUAAUUUUUUCUGAUGUAUGGGGCCCCGGGCCUCUUUCUGUUGGUAGGCAAAAAUAUUAUGUCAGCUUCAUAGAUGAUUUCAGUAAAUUUACUUGGAUUUAUCUUAUCAAAAA